CUGUCUGAUCUCGUCUUACGAUCCAGUUGUCCUCCAGGUUGGUUUUAUUACAAAUCUAAUUGCUACGGCUACUUCAGGUUUUCUCUUUCAUGGUCAGAUGCUGAGUUUGAAUGUCAGUCUUAUGGACAUGGAGCUCACUUGGCAUCUAUCCUUGAUGAAUCAGAACUCUCUGUUAUCGCAUCACACAUCUCAGCCUAUCAAAAAAAAGACACAGCAUGGAUUGGUCUUCAUGACCCAGAACAGAACGGCCGCUGGAAAUGGAUUGAUGGAUCCAUGUACAACUACAGGGUCUGGGGUACUGGUCAGCCUGAUAACCUAAAAGGCAAUGAACACUGUGUAGAAAUCCGACCACAGGAGAGCUUCAAGAAAUGGAAUGAUGUUAACUGUGAUCAUCAAUGUCACUUUGUCUGCAAAUACAAGCCUUGA